AUGGACCAAGCUGGCAAUGUCCUCUGUGACAAAUGUCAGCGGAUUCAGAUUGAUGACAGAGUGCUCAGCGAUUAUAUUCGCAGACUCCCAGAUGGUAGCAAGUAUUCCGACAAAACCGGGAAAUCGGAAGAGAUUCUCGUUCCAAUAGCCAGUUGGACUGACUAUCCGCCCGAGUUGCCUAAGUUACAGGAGUCGCAUGUCAAGACAGGUUGCAUAUUCUGCAAAUACCUUCGGGAGGCAAUUCUACUUUCCAAGGUUGAGUUCCAGGGAUCCCCUAUACAUAUCGAUCUUUCACAUAACUGGUUCAACGAUGCAAUCUUUCUGGGCAAGGGUGAUAUAACUCGGGAUUGCAAUUAUUCCGGUAUAGUAGGGCAUGUUACAGACGGAGAAGCGAAGUAUGGCAUAUACUUCAGCCCUGCGUCCGACGAUUUUCAAAUAUCCCAAUUAUUAGGCAUAUAUAGCACCCCAAAGCCGAUGGCUCUAUGUGAAGAGAAUGUCUCGUGGGCCACAAACCUCCUCGAAAACUUGGACCAUACUUCAGCUGCGCAGGAUCCUGAUCAUGGGGUUCUUCCGACCAGGCUACUUGACAUCGGAGAAACCGGCACAUUAAAUCCCCGUCUAGUAUCAACAUCAAAAGAAACAGUACCGAUAUCAUAUUGUGCCCUCAGCUACUGCUGGGGUCCUCUUCCACAGCUAACGACAACUAAGUCGACUUUCCAACAAUAUUCGUUACAAGGCAUCCCCUUCCAGGAGUUGACGAAAGUUUUCAAAGAUGCCAUUGAAGUUUGCCAUACGUUUGGGAUUCGGUACCUUUGGAUAGAUUCUCUGUGUAUCAUCCAAGAUGACCCAAGUGAUUGGGAAAGAGAGACGACAAUGAUGCACCAAGUUUACCGCAAUUCAUAUUUCACCAUAUGUGCAUUAUCUUCCGACUCAACCCAUGUCAGCUUUUUACAGAGGAAUCAGCAUAGGCUUGAGCUGAACUUUAUAUCAUCGUUAGAUCCGGCAAUUUCGGGGAAAUUCACCUUGGAAUUCCAAGGAUUUUCACGUGAAGAUGCUUUGCCGACCCUUUAUAGAGUCGAACUCUUCUUUAAUGAAUGGUCCACACGGGGUUGGACAUUUCAGGAAGAUGAGAUGUCUAAGAGAGCGCUUUAUUUCACGAAAUCACAGUUGUUUUUUAGGACUGGAGAUCAAUACUUCACCGAAGAUGGAUGGAGCUCUACGUCAUUCAGACCUACGCUCAGGACAAGUCCAACGCUCGAAAAUUGGUAUGGAAAAAUGCUUGGGUUCCGGAAGAAAAAGUUUGCCAACGCACAAGACGUAUUCCCGUCUCUUUCGGGCAUCGUGAGAGAGUACAUCAGAUACCAUGGCGAUACAUAUGUCGCUGGACAUUGGAAAAGUGACUUUCUCCGAGGGUUGCUUUGGCAUUCCGUAACUUAUGGACUGGAGGAAGGUCGAGAGACUCUCUUGAGAAACCUAUCAUUUCCUCGUCAGUACAUCGCUCCCUCGUGGAGCUAUCUAAGCAGGACUGAACCUGGAGAACACGGUAUCAAUUUCCAUCAGAUCCAUCAGCGAAGAGAGGGGCACUUCCGCAGCAUGGUCGAAAGUGCGGAUGCCUGGACGACGCCUGCCGGACAAGAUCCUUAUGGAAGAAUUCUCGGAGGAACGGCACGUAUCAGGGGGAAGGUUAUCACAUGUCCGUCCGAUUUGUCAAAGAUACAUGAUGACAUCUUCAGAACCAGUGACAUCUUCCAAAUUCGUGUUGAUGGGGCAUAUGCUGCUACCUGCCAACUGGAUUGGCCGGUCAACGGUGAUUGGGAAUCCAGCCAAGACUUGUCCCUGCUGUUCCUUGCAAGCACUUGUCACCGUUGGCAAGAUGGUCGUCCCACAACUCAUUAUCUUGGUAAGCAAGGCAACAAAGAUGAAAGCGGAGGCAGCGAGAGCAGUAGCAAUGAUAGAAGCGGCAGAAGCGAUAGCAGUCAAGUUGGAGAGUCAACCCAAGGAGAACACGGCGGUAGCGAGCAGCAACCAUUUGCUAUUGAAGAGUCCACCGGGUCAUUAGAGUUACUAAGUAUCAAAGAACCGGUCGCAUCAGAAAUCGAAAACAAAGAAAACGAAGGGAUAAGCCGUUGCUGCGAGUCGGGUUGCGCCGGGAGCAGUCCUCAACUUACGGGUGAUAAAACCGACUCCGACUUGUCGUCCAGCGAGACCUCGCAUGAGCUUUGCCCUGUUUGCGGCCACUGCAUGAAAUGCUGCACAAGUGAAGUUAAUCGCCAUGCGUGGGGCCUGAUUAUCCAUCCAGCACUGGAGCCGGGUAAAUAUUUUAGGGUUGGGGUCUUCACCUCACGGUCGGAUGGCCCUGGAAGCAACUGCGGUACUCGUUUGUUCGAUCAAGCAGACCAUCAGGAGAUUGAUAUCAUCUGA